AUGUCAAUAAAUGCCAGGCAGUCGAGACUAAUAGAACAGUCCGUCAAUAAUCAUGUCAAGUAUUACGAUAAAAUAUUAUCGGACUUACUAAAACAUAGAGUUGAAUGUUUAUUGUUAAACUCCAUUUUAUCACAAGAUUUAAUACAAAACAAUGAAUCAGAAGCUGAACUAUCAUCAAAAAUAUCCGAGCUGACCAAACUUAGAUUCCAUAAAUUUCAAAUUGAAAAUGCCAAACUCGAACUAACAGUUGCAAAUCAAGUUGACAAACUACUUACUCUUGCAAAAAUCGAGAGUGAUAUGAAACCAGAUAUAUUAGCAGAAAUGAAGGCAGAAUUAAAAACAAUUAUUGAUCAAAAUGACCACCUUAAGGAAAAACUAAGUAGGAUUAACACAAUUGAAAAACCACUUAUGGAUCAAAUUUCAAAUUUAAUUUCGAGUUUUGAACAAAAUAUAGAUAAAUCUAAAGCAAGAUUGAUGCACCCAUCAAUAAUCAAAAAUUUAGAAAAGGUCAAAACAGAAGAAGAAAAAGAAAAAGAAUUGCUGCAAGUAGAUUAUAGAUCCUUUGUUUUGAACAAAAAAUUAUUGAAAGAAGAAUUAUCAAUUUUACCUGGAUUCAAUGUGGACAAAUUUGCCAAAGAAAUUGAAGAAAAUAUGCAAAAUUCUAAAAUAUUCGAUCAACUAGGUGAUGACAAUAUACUUUAUAAGCUAUCAAAAUCAACCAUGUUUAAUACCUCGGAAACAUUAAGUAUUGACAAUUAUGAAGACUUAAUCUCGAAAACAAUCGAAGAUAUUGAGGUUUUAAAUAAUGAAAAUGAAAAAACUAUUUUAAGUUGGAAUUCAAAUGCAGAUUUGAUAAUGGGAUUCAAACAAAUCUUGGAAGAAUCUAAAUCAUCUGAUGAGGUUGAUGUGAUAAUGGAAAGUUGA